GAUCAGUGCAUUUUCCUGUCAUUUCCACAGCCGCCGUGAAGCUCUGCGUCUCCUUGCGGGUCCCCCAGACCAUCCCCAUGGACCUGCGGAUUGGACAGCGUCUCGCCAAACCUGGCCCUGACACUGCCUUCCUGGCUUUGAAGCAGACGCAGCAGCUGCAACACCAGCUCUUCCUGGCUAGUUUGCACCCCCGACUGGAGUACCAGCAAGUGGAGCAACUCAGCCACCAGCACCUGCGGGUGUCGAUGGAGCCACCGCCUCAGGAUCCCAUGCCUGGGAAGCAGGAACAGGAGCUGCGGCUGCUCUUGAAUAAAGACAAAAGCAAACGCAGUAAGAGCCACUCACUUUCUCCUUCCCCCAUGCCCCCCUGA